AUGGAUAAUAACAAAAAGAUGCAAGAAGGAAAGAACUCGCCGUUACUCGAUAGAGAAAUAUCAAAGAGGCCCCUGCACAUAAGGGUUCUGGAGCUUCAAGGAAUAUCAAGGCGAAGCUCGAAACCUCCAGCGUCUUCGAAUCGAAAAAUUCCUCAGACAGCUGCUUCAGACGACGAAGAUAAAUCUCCUCCUCGUGUUCCUCGACACAAAUCUCCUGUGCUUUCUCCAGUUCUCGAAGACGCUCAACCCCUUGCAACCAUCAUUCCAACUGUGCCUGCUGAAGAAAGCCAUUCAAAUGAUGAGUCUCCACCUAUUCAUCAAGAUGAAAAUAUGGGGGAAAACCCUCAAUGUUCGAAUAGUGAUAAUGCAGCCGGACAACCAACUGGCAGCGAAGAUACUAUAUCUGAGCAAGAUGCUACAGAGGAAACUUCCAAACUGCCUACACCUGGUCCUCAUGAAACUUCGACCUUCGGAACUAUAGUCACUCCUGGUUAUCCACCAAGGAAUAACAAUCAAGGUUAUCAACAAAGACCUAACAAUCAAGGAUACCAACAACAAACAUUUCAACCUUACACUCAACCGCCACCACAACAACAAGGAGGACCGUCUAAGUUGGAAGAAACUAUGACGCAUUUCAUGCAGAUGUCAAUGAAAAACCAGAAAAACCAGGAUGCAGCAAUUAAAAAUUUAGAAACUCAAGUGGGGCAACUUGCUAAACAAAUUGCGGCUAAUCAGUCGAAUGCAACAUUCUCCGCCAACACUCAAGAGAAUCCGAAAGAGCAUUGUAAAGCAAUGGUAACUAGAACUGGUCAGAAAGGCAGUAAUGAGGAAGUUGAAAACAAUGAUGUUGAGAAGAAAGAUGAUAAUUGUGCCGCGGAAGAUGAGGAAAUUAAAUUGUGCCGCUUAUUUCCAAAAUGA